UUGGCUGCCUCUCACAGCCUCACUGCUAACUGCUAACUCUGUUUACUUACUGCUGCUUCAGAAGGAGAGAAGCUGAUCAGACCAGGGCAACUGUGGACUACGCAAGGAAUAGGACAAGGACUCCACCAAUUAAGACCAAGAGUGUGUGUGCGUGUGUGUGUGCAUGCGCGCGCACGUUUGUGUGUGUGGAAAGGACCCAGGAGCAAACCAGAACCUUAACGAACUACUGCAACAACAACGACCCCCCCCCCCUCCCCCCCAUGGAGUGCCAGUGGGUCCUAUUGCAGUUCCUGAGCAUCGUCCUCAUUUUGAGCUCCCUGCUCCAUCUGGCACGCUUCUGGAGAACGCCUGCAUUUUACGGACGCUACCAGGACCCCUCUGGCAGGGGCUGUGUGGUGCCAGCCAAAGUGGCCUGGUUCCUGCAGGAGCUUCCAGCCUUUCUGUGCCCCCUGCUGCUAUUUUUGUUUACCUCACAUGAAGCCUCUGCAGUGGGCAUGUGCAUACUGUUUGGGAUGUUUGGCCUGCACUACUUUCACAGGACAUUUAUCUACGCACCACUGACCUGUGGACAGCCAUUUCCUGUCAAUGUCAUGGUGUCAGCAGCAGUCUUCUGUUCAAGCAAUGGCUUCAUGCAGGGACACUACUUGUUGCACUGUGCUGCUUAUGAAACAACAUGGCUGACAGUUAUACAGCAAGGAAUUGGAUCAAUAUUGUUUUACCUGGGAAUGGCCAUCAAUAUCCACAGUGACGGCAUUCUUCGCAACCUCAGGAAACCGGGGGAGACAACUUACAAGAUCCCCAGAGGAGGCCUGUUUGAGUAUGUGUCCUGUGCCAACUAUUUCGGGGAGAUUCUGGAGUGGUUGGGUUACGCCAUAGCAGCCUGCUCCCUGCCCUCCUUCUCCUUCACCUUCUUCUCAUGGUGUUUCAUCAUCCCCAGAGCCCGCAAUCAUCACAGGUUUUACCAUGAGAAAUUUGAAGAUUACCCCAAAUCUCGAAGAUGCAUCAUCCCUUUUAUCUAUUAGAGACUGUGUACACUUUACUGUAACAUACUAGAGCAAUAUUUCUAAAUAACAACAUCUGUUUAUUUAACUUUAAAAUAUACACAAACAGGGGAAAAGAGUGUUGGUUGCAGGUCCUUUGUGCAGAUUGUCAUUCAAUAAAAAUAUGAAACGUCUGUAUUU